AUGUUGCAGAGGAACCACCAAACGCAGCAGCUGUGGAAGAACCCACGCAAGAGCCGUCGAUGGCAGUACUCACAGAAGAAUCGCCUGAGAAGCCCGGGGCACCAACUACGGAAGAAGCCACACAAGCCCACCAGGUCGAGGGAGGCCGAGGUAUCAGAGCCAGUUCAGGAGCCCGGCGACAAGGAACCGAUUAUCGACACGACAGCAGGAUCAGAGAAGUCUGAAGAAGAUACGACCAUGAAAGAAGCACCCGAGCAAGAAAAAGAAACCGAAGAGUCCUAG